AUGAUCUUUGUUUUUCUCUCUCUCUCUCUCAAUGAUCUUUCGUUUAUAAACUUUUUUCAUUUUCAUUCUUUUUACACUUUUUUAUUCUUCCUUUACUUUUCCACUUUGACUUUGUUUUUCUCUCUUCACUUCCUUCUAUCUUUCCGUUUCUAUCUCUUUCUCUCUCUCUCUAACUUGAUUUCUUUUUCUUCCUCCAUUCCUUGUACUCUUUUUCAUUUUCCUCAUCUGCUCUACCCUUCUCUUUCUCAUUUUCCUCAUCUGCUCUACCCUUCUCUUUCUCAUUUUCCUCAUCUGCUCUACCCUUCUCUUUCUCAUUUUCCUCUAUCUGCUACCUCUCUCUUUCUCAUUUUUAUCUAUCUGCUUUUGUCCCCCACUUGUUUACCUCUAUCUGCUUCUCCCAUUCUUUCUUCUUUUCACCUUAAAUCUGUGCCCUUCUGCCACACCUUCUCAUUAUUUUCUUUUCUUUCUUUUUUCAUUCUUUUCUUUGUUUUUUUAAUUCUUUUCUUUCUCUUUUCUUCUUCUCUUUUAUCCUUUUCUCUAUCUCUCUUUUUUUACUCUUUCUCUUUUUCAUCUCUUUCUCUCUCUUUUUUCUCCUCUUUCUCUCUUUUCUCCUCUUUCUCUCUUUUCUCUCUUUUACUUUUUUCUCCAAAUGAUGACUCAGAAAUGUUAUUUUAA